UUCAGUGCUUUCGUAGCAUUAACCAUCUCCGUAGAGUUCUCGUGCGGACUUGUCGAGCGGCAGCGUGUCCAUUCCUCACUCUCGAUCCCUCGCUCCCUCGGACCAGCGAUCUCUUCUUUUUCCUCCUCCCGUGCAGGUGCUAAAUUCAGUCAGAAAAAGAUGGGUAUCAUUGAGAAGAUUAAGGAGAUUGAGGCUGAGAUGGCACGGACACAAAAAAAUAAAGCUACAGAGUAUCAUCUCGGGCAACUGAAGGCAAAGAUAGCAAAAUUAAGAACACAGUUGUUGGAACCUCCAAAGGGUUCUAGUGGAUCUGGAGAGGGUUUUGAAGUUACAAAGUUUGGCCAUGGCCGUGUAGCAUUGAUUGGAUUUCCAAGUGUGGGCAAGUCAACACUCUUAACUCUACUGACAGGAACACACUCUGAAGCCGCAUCGUAUGAGUUCACGACACUUACUUGCAUUCCUGGGAUCAUUCACUACAAUGAUGCCAAAAUUCAGCUUCUUGACCUUCCUGGAAUCAUUGAAGGGGCUUCAGAAGGCAAGGGUCGUGGUAGGCAGGUUAUUGCAGUUGCAAAGUCAUCGGACAUUGUGUUGAUGGUUCUUGAUGCCUCAAAAAGUGAGGGACAUCGCCAAAUAUUAACAAGAGAACUGGAAGCUGUUGGAUUGCGUCUGAACAAGAAGCCUCCGCAAAUAUAUUUCAAAAGGAAAAAGACUGGAGGCAUUUCCUUCAACAGCACUGUUCCUUUGACACAUGUAGAUGAGAAGCUUUGCUAUCAGAUUUUACAUGAAUACAAAAUACACAACGCAGAGGUUUUGUUUCGAGAGGAUGCUACAGUGGAUGAUCUCAUUGAUGUCAUUGAAGGGAAUCGGAAGUACAUGAAGUGUAUUUAUGUCUAUAACAAGAUUGAUGUUAUUGGUAUUGAUGAUGUGGACAAACUAGCCCGUCAGCCAAAUUCAAUCGUCAUUAGCUGCAAUUUGAAGCUGAAUUUAGACAGAUUACUGGCAAAAAUGUGGGAGGAUAUGGGGCUUGUGAGAGUUUAUUCAAAGCCACAGGGCCAACAACCUGAUUUUACAGAUCCUUUUGUCCUUUCCAAGGAUAGAGCUGGCUGCACGGUAGAAGACUUCUGCCAUCAUAUACACAAGACUUUAGUCAAUCAGGUGAAAUAUGCACUUGUUUGGGGAACUAGCGCAAGGCAUUAUCCACAGCACUGUGGGCUUUCGCAUGUUCUUCAUGAUGAAGACGUUGUCCAGAUUGUAAAGAAGAAGGAUAGGGAAGAAGGGGCUAGAGGCCGGUUCAAGUCACAUUCCACAGCCCCUGCUCGUAUAUCUGAUCGGGAGAAGAAGGCUCCUUUGAAAACAUGAUUUUUUAGGUGUUCAUACACGUGCGUGAUUGCAUGUCCAGAUCUGGGACAUCAUCUCUGGCCGUCCGACUUGUCCACAUUCAAGAGUCAAAGCAUCCAUAUCUGCCUGAAGAGAAUGGCAUAUGCACCGUGUGGAAAAAUCAUCCUAGGGAAGCUGCAGUCAGAUAAAUUAUUAUAACUAUCUUAAGCAAUAUUUUUUGAGAGACAAAGUCUGCAUAUUAGCUCAAACCUCCUCGUGUUGCGGAGAUGUAUUUUUGAUAGUGGCCUUAUUAUAAGAUCAUGGUGCUGACAUUUGAUACUGCCGGAUUGUGCCAUGGACUGGAAAUUUGCAAUUGGAUAUAUGUAUACUGCCGUGCUUGAACUUAUGAGUUAUCUGAAGGACUGUUAUUAUAGA